GACACUAUUUUGAAGUGAUCAAAUUUAUACAAAACUGAUAUUGUUAUACAUAUAUUUAUAUUUUCUACUAUUUAAAUAUACAAUAUUGUUAUCCGCUUAACCGCUUAGCAAUGGAUAAGUCGCAAAGAGUUCCUCGAAUAUACGAAUGCAAAAAGAUAGAAGAGCCAGUAUGUCAAGAAGUACCUCGUAUUGAGAAAUACGAUCCAAGAAGUUAUUGCCAUAGCAUUUUAGCAAAGACUGAAAAGGUUUGCAAGAAAACUAUUUGUAGAAAAUUCUUGAAAACUAAUGAGCUGAGAACAAAAGGUGAAAUUGUAUGCAUCCCUAGACCGCCCUGCAAAAUAACAAGGCAUUUCGGUCCUAAAAGUGACACUGAAGAUGAGGAUGAUGAAGAGACAUUCUUUCGAAUGUUUGGCUCCCAAUUGGGACUUGUCCUCAACGAGGGAACAGUUUCUGAAACCGAUAUCCUCAGGGGGAGAUUCGAGGGUAACGAAAAAAUCACAAGGGAUGGAAGAACAGUUACAACUGAAUCGAUUAGUGGUAAACCAGGGGUUGGUGGUCUAGUAACUCCCUUCGGCAUUGUGCAGGAUCAAGCAACCGCAGAACUUCUUGAAAAUUUGUCGCAAUAUUUAGAUGCAGAGGGAAUGGCAGCAAUCGCUGCUUUGGGAGGAGCUGAGAUAUGUCCUUGUUGCCAGUGUACGAUUUGUAAAUGUAGACUUAGAGGAAUCACAUCAGAAAUGCUGCUGGCCCAAAGAAAAAAAGCUCUACUAGAGAAAAAGCUGAGAUCUUGGGGGAAGCAGGGAUAUGUAUGGUCCUUCGAUUAUUUCUACAAACCCGACUUCGAGUAUUUCGAGAAAGAAAGAGAGGAACGACAUCAGCGAGAGCAGAAACAGGCUGAGGAGGCAAAAAAGGAACGACGUUUGGAAGAAAUGUUUGCAGAAGAUAAGUCGAGCGACGAGUUCUUCGAUAAGACGCGUGUUGGAGGACUUGAAAUCAUCGAAGCGAAAAAAUAUGCAGAGGUCCAGGCUACGCCGAGUAUCAGGGAUGAAGAAGUAGAGAUCAGAUCUGAAAUGAUGGAUGAUACAGGAAGUGCAAAAAUGAGAGAAGCCAUACCAGAGGAAUUAGAGAAAGAUUUGCUAUUAGAUCUUGAUAUGAUUCCAACUACUGAAGAAGAGCGAGAAAAAAUUACAGGAUUCUCAGCUGCCCUAGGCAGUUUAGCACCUUCGUCUCUUCUCUCGAAAAGUUUGGACGAAGCAGCCAUGGGUCAAUAUGUGCGCAGUACACAAAGAUCAUCCAUUGAAUCCUGGGUUGAAAGUAGAGAGCCUUUCGAAGGUCGGAGACCCACAACUGUUACCGGUGCUUCUGUCGAACCGAUAGACAUAGAAUUCCCUGCGGUCGAGAUCCAGGAUAAAAUCAGGUUCACGAAAGAGAUCGAAACGCCAAGUAUUCCUGCUAAGAAAAGGAAGAAAGAGGAAAAGAAGGGCAAAAAAGGAAAAAAAGCGAAAGAAAGUGAACUAGAUAUACGGGAACCAGUACUUAAAAGAAAACCUCCGGAAUCAUCCCAGCUAUGGUCGGAAGGAGAAGAAGAUAUGCUGACGAAAAUUAAGAUUCUGCCAGUCGGAUCUGAGAAACCACCAACAGGGUUGGAAGAAGCUCCUGAUGUGGAUGAGACAGGAAAGGUUAAGGUAUCUUCAAGUAAAGAGGAUUUGGCCCCUACUAGGAAAUAUACCGAUGUUUGCGACUGCUUGCCUGGAUAUUGUGUAUGUGGAGCCAAACAUUUUGUCUUCAAAAGAGAAGAUGUCGGUUCUGAAACAACUAAACCAUCCACUGGGGAUAAACAAGUUCAAGUUGAAGCAACUGUGAAAGAGGAGGAGAAACUCGUGACGGAAGAGCAAGAUAUUUCUGCAGAAUCUUCGUGUGUUUGUCUUCAUCCUUGGGAUGAAGUUGACGAACAACAAAGAGUAACGCCGGCUGCAAGCAUAUUUGAAGACCGAGUUGAGAUAACCAAAAAGCCAUUUACGAUUUGCAUCCAACCAAUAUAUCAGAAGACAUUGAUUAUUGUAAAACCUGAAGCGAUGAACUAUAAAGAUGUUAUUCUCAGAGCUAUUAAGAAGGAGGGAUUGGAUGUGAUAGGUGAAAGGCUAAUACGACUAAGUCCAGAGCAAGUAGCUGAAGUUUACAGUGAAAACUAUGGCAGUGCCUAUUUUCCGAUGUUUGUACAGAAGAUGAGUGCCACGCCUAUAUUAGUACUGUCAGUUGCCGGCAACUAUGCUGUAGAUCGUUGGAAAUACAUCAUAGGUCAAGGGGACAUCAUACCAUAUUCUUGGUUCUACCCGGAAAGUAUGAAACGCAGAUUUGGGUUGCAUUGCGAUGUUUAUGGAGCCAUGAGGACAUCGCCCGAUUUCUUCAAUGCGAAAAAUGAGAUCAGAUACUUCUUUCCAUUAGAUAUUAUUGAACCUAUCAUGAUAAAAUCUGUCGAGGUUCAGGAUUACUGCGAUAAAUAUAUUCAUCCUACCCUACUCAAGGCUCUUUUCAAGAUUGUGGAGGAAAAACCCGAGGAUCCUCUACUAUUUUUGGCUGAAUAUUUGUUACGCAACAACCCAUUUCAACCACAUUACCCCGAUUCAUUGGUGGCUAUGGCACCUACAUGAUUUUUUUUGCAUUUUGUGUUAUA